CACUCUGGACCUGUGGUACCCCCAAACAUGGCAGCGUACUCUCGUCAUCAGCAUUCAUCAGUCCUCAUUGGGUUGCAUUGCAUUGCAGGGUUUUAGCAGCAGUCAUUUUCCACGGCAACAACGCAGGAGAAAGAGAGAGGGAAAGAAAGAAGAAGACGAAGAGGAUCAAUCAAGUAGAGAGAGGGAGAGAAUAAGAGAGUAAAAGAUGGGAAGCAGAUUAGGGAGAAGAGUAGUCCAGUUUGCAAAUCUCCCAAUCAAGCUUCUCAUGCCCACAUCUUUCACCAACAUCACAGAAAUCGCCCUCAAAACAAUCCCUUCUGCUUCCAAGAUUGAAAUCAAGAGGGUUUUGGAGUCUCUUUACGGGUUUGAGGUCGACAAGGUCAGAACCCUAAACAGGGAGGGCAAGAAGAAGAAGAGAGGCGGCUUGUUGAUCGCGAAACCCGACUACAAGAAGGCCUAUGUUACUCUCAGGAGCCCCUUGUCGAUUUCGCCGGACCUGUACCCGAUUCGUGUGAUCGAAGAGGACAAGAGGGCCUUGGCCAAGGAGUCCAAAUCCAAGUCCAAGUCGAGUAUCGUCGAGGAAGGCGAAGCCAGGUCGCAUUGGCUUGACAGCAAGGACGGCAACGCCGGCCGGUUCAUGCCUGAGAAGAGUUCCGGCAGUGGCGGUCGGGGACGGGCCGCCAAUCGCAGCGGGGAUGGAUCCGCGAAGUUCCCCUGGAGCAGCAUGCGGUCUUCUAGGAGCCAAUAAUUUCUGGUUUCAACAACUUGGCCUUUAUUGCCGUCAUGAUCCUCAUGAAAUGAUCAAUGCGAAGUGUUGUCACAUCAUCAAACCACCAGCUCUCUUCAUCAAUUAUUUCUCCAGGUUUUGAACUUUCUUUGUAAA